AUGCGGCCAGACGAGAGUCCGACCAUCCACCAUGCGGCCCGGCUAUGCUCCGAAUUGUUCGAACGUAUCUUUGAGUCAAUGGGCUCUGAUAGCCCGCUGUUCCUGCCAGCUGAGGAGUUGCGCGGACGAUUCCAUCUUUGGGCAACAUACCUCGGUGUGUAUGCAGUUCCGAGGGCUUCUGUAGACGCCCGGCUGGAUGGCGACAAGGAAACCAAAAAAUUAGAUGCCCAACGCAGAAGCAUCGGCGAGACGCAAAGUAUAUUCGAAAUCUUAGAUAACGAUGCUUCCGGGGAUAUUCUUGGUUUCAAGGCCGUCGAGGCUGCUAUACAAAGACUCUUUAUCCUGGCAGAGGCAAUAAGACAAGAAGCGCGGCGGAACCAUAUCAAGCGGCAUGGGACCAACAACCAACAUCCAGCGCUGCUGUACUACUCGCUGAUCAAGACAACGUAUCCCAAUGUAAGAAGUAGUCUUUGUAACCAACUUGGAGCCUCGAUCUAUAUACGAGGGCAAUCCUUGCUCUACUUGAAGGUGCAUAGCCAGAAGCUAGCCUUCGAGGGACAUGAUCAGAAUCGUGUACAACAUGUGGCAGAAAAAGGCCCGGCGUUAAAGCACACCGAUCAAGGAUCGGAUCAUUGCAUGAAUUGCCAACCUGUCGAUCAAGUACCACUAGCCUUGGUUCCUGGCACAGUCCAGUCAGGCUUCGACCAUUCGAUGCUUAGUCGAAUUGCAAAAGACAAUAAGCCGUUGGAGUCUAGUGUGAAUAAAGAUUGGGCAAUGUGUGAUGACCGAGAGGACAGCUUCUUCUAUCCCCUGAAGCCAGAAAAGACGAACGACCACAGAUACCUAACUUGCACAUUAUGCGGCAAUUUGCUGGAACAGUCAGGCUUGACACAAGAGGCCUGGGAGGCCCAUGUAGAUCAGGACCUGCAUCCUUACGUGUGCAUUUCAGAGGAAUGUAGAGAACCACCUGCCUACUUCAUCCGAAAGGAAGACUGGUUGAACCAUAUGCAAACACGACAUUCUUUGACUUGGACCGAGAAGAUUCAUACUGAACAGUGGUAUUGCGACAUUAAUCACCCCAGUCAUCUGGUGUUCGACGAAAAAGAUUUAUUUUUAGACCAUUUAAAGGCUGAUCACGGAAAGCAGCUCACGAAAUCCAGGCUUGAGGGUCGAGCGAGACGUAACAGAAGAAUAGUACAGAGGGAACCCUUCAUCUGCCCUCUCUGUGGUUGCGUCCCAGAUGGGCAGGAAGUUUGUACCCAGGAGCAGCUGUCGUAUCACAUCGCAGGGCAUCUCAAGUCCUUGGCAUACCUUUCCUUGUCAUAUAUGGACGAUGGACGGGCACUACUAUCAUGGGCGGUAAAGAAUGGCCACGAGGCCAUCGUGAAGCUGCUACUUGCCUCCGAUAGGCUAGAUCCAGACACUAAGGACAAAAACGAACGGACACCCCUGUCAUGGGCGGCAGAGGAGGGCCACGAGGCCAUCGUGAAGUUGCUACUUGCCUCCGGUAGGGUCAACCCGAAUGUUAAAGACCAGUACGGAUGGACACCACUGUGGCGUGCAGCCGCAAAGGGCUACGAGGCGAUCGUCAAGCUCCUACUUGGCACGGGCAAGGUCGAUCUGGAGGUUAAGGACGAUUACGGAUGGACAGCGUCAUUAUGGGCUGCCGCAAACGAGCGCGAGGCCAUCAUCAAGCUAUUACUCGACGCAGGCGUCGAUGUUGAGUCAAAAGAUCCGUCCGGCCGGACGAUGCUAUGGUGGGCUGUCACACGCGUUCCCGGGGGUGGCCACCACGACGCAAUCGAACGAUUGAUAGCCGCAGGUGCUGACGCCAAUGCUUCUGCUGCCAAAUUUGGAGGUCGUACUGCCAUUCAAGCCUCUUCUGAAAGUGACCACCUUGACAUCGUCGAACAAUUAGUCGACACAAGCAACUCAAGCAUGGCUUCGCUCUCUCACAUGGCUGUCUACGAAGGUGUUCUGGGCAGCUUACCACUACUGGGCCAGUUUCCAUCUGGAUUCCUGGAGAAACGAUCAAGUUCUGAAAGUGCCACGAUCGAUGCCCCGUUCCAAAUCCAAGCCAAAACCUAUUGCCGUUCGCUGCUGAAGUUAGGUAUGAUUGCCAUGCUUCAAGGUGAACCGGGCUACGCUUGCACGAGCUUAAAGCAGGCAGUUAAACUGUCAGAAAGCCGAUACCCAGACGUUCAUAUCACAGCGAUCGCAUACCUGAUCCAAUGCCUGCAUAUGCAGUUCAAAUGGUCAGCUGCCGGUAGCAAUAUCUCGAGUGUGGAGCUAGACGACAUCUUCGACUUUAUUACAGAGAUUAAACACCUUCAAUCUUCUCUGCACAGCGCUAUUGAUUACAAGGAUGAUCGUGUGCGCAGGCUCAGAGCUCUAUUGGAAUUACAAAGAUGGAUUGUAACAACCAGGCCCCGCAUUCCAACUAGUGCCGAGAUCGACCUAGCACGGGGAAUUGGAACUGAGGGUGUCGCCCAAGCCAUCCAGAACUGCAGGCUUAGCGGGGUUAGCGAGGCUGAGAUGCUCCCAUUCGAAGUCGAACUGGCGUGCAUUUAUCGAGUCGUUGGGGACCGCGAUCGCUUCCACAGCGUGAUGAACAGUGUCGUCCCCCUGAAACCGACGGAUUUUAUGCUACGCGCACACCACCAGCUAAGGCUGGGUGAUGCGAGUGCCGUUACCUUCGGGGCUCCAGAGACCUGGAAUAUGUUGCUGGAGCAAGGGGCCGAGAGUAACGCGCAGCCGCGAGAUGAUGAGAGCACUCACUUCGCCAUGCCACUGCCAGGAGAUCUUGCAGCGGCUACUUCUUACUAUCAGGAAGCUGAUGUCCUCUACAGAUCUGCAAAACACACCCGUGGUCAGGCAGCUGUUCAACUUCGACUUGGCUACCUUGCCACUCACGGUGUCUUCAGCUCCUCAUCCGCUACGCCUACCGGAUAUGAGGUAGCAUUGGCGCAUGUCAGCCAUGCAAAGCUCCUGUAUGGCCAAGCUGGUGAUAUUGCAGGAGUGCAGGUUGCGGCUGCCCACUCUUGUUUGUGUCGGUUGGGUCUAGGCCAGUUCCCUGAGGAUAGCGACGCUGCGAAAGCGAUCGGCCAAUACGGCAAGGAGAAAGGAAGCUAUAGCCUGGCCUUCGGACUGGGUUUGUUUUUUGCAAAGUAUGCACGGAGGUGGCUUGUGUUUCUCGGCGACUAUGAGAAAGCACUAGCAGCGCAUAAGCUUACGGCCGCAGUAUUCCAGGGCCUUGGGUUGACAUUAUCGCACGCCUAUAGCAUUUGCGAUCAGCUGUCGGUCCACGAGUUACUAGGAGACCAGAGCAUGAUCUAUAUCACCGCGGACAAGGCAUUAACUUUGUGUCACGAGAUCGCAAGAGAGAGGCCGCGGACUUCGGCGAUUUCGCAGAUGGCACUCAACCUCGCCGUACAUGUUCUGGGGAAAGUAUUCCAGCAUGCGAACAAGCGAGCCGACGCGAACCUACUUUCUCACGUUGCGGCCAUGUUACGUGAGUGGCGGCGGCGAGGCCCGACUGUGUCGGUUGAACAACUUCUGUCUCGCCAGAUUGAACUCACCCAAACCAAUCAGUCUGCCAUGAAUGAAGGCACAAUGGCCGAUAUGGGAAAGCUUUCCGCAAGACUGAGCAAUCUGAAUAUCGACCCUGUCGAGAUCCAGACCCAGGUAGCAUACAGCCUAAUUGACCACUUCAUCGCCUUAGCGGCAACUUUGGUCCCCCUCUACCGCAGUCGUCAAGCUGUCAGAAACGGAGACUCGAGCAAGGCCGAGCAACUGUGGAGGGAAACCGAAUCAGCCUUAACAGCCCACCCCACCAGGGAAAGCGAAGUACUUCUUGCUUCACUCAGUGUCAGCAAGGGAGAUUUUGAAGCGGCUGCAGCGCACGCGCGGGCAUAUAAAGACCAACUCGUCGCAGGGGAAGAGCAUAUGAGUAUCAGCAUUGAUAAGAAGACGAGAGAAGUUCUUCGACGAAAGAAAUGGCAGGAAAAAACUCGUGUACUAUUCCUCUUUGUGCGUGUUAGGCUCUACGACGAUGCUAUGUUAAUGGUGAAGGAACUAGAGUUGCAAUGGGGGCCUGAAUGGUGGAGCCUAUAUGAAUAUCCUGUCUGGGAGAACCUUAGCAUAAUUGCUCAACUCAGCGAAGGCCUCGGAGAGUACGAGCUAGCGAGCGAUUAUUAUGAGCGAGCCAGGGAAGCGUUUGAUAAGAGAAAGCAUGCACUCUCAGUGGAUGACCACAAGAGAGCGCUCUCAGGAGAUUCAGUGGUCCAGGACAUCUACUCUGGUGCCGCGCAUGCCGCCGUACGAUGGCAUCUAUCUGCAAGACAAUCAGGGGAUGAAUUUCUUUCUCCCCAAGUCCAGCGUGCUUUUGCUGCAAUCGAGCGUGGCAAAGCGCGCAGCCUACUAGACUUGAUUGAGGGUUCUAUUCCCAAUCACAAUGCAGAUGGAAGCGUUGGAUCCCAGUGGCAGCAGUAUAAGGUGGAGGGGGCCCAGCUCGCUACGCUUCGAGGUUUGCUGGCUACAUGCUACCAAGCUCAGCAUCUGGAUCGCAGCACAGAAUCUAGACUCAAAACAAAGAUCCAGGAGAAAGAGAAACAGCUCCGGGAAUUGGAGGGGAAGUUGUCAGCUGGUGGAUCUGUUUCCUUAUCCGCUAUUGGAACAGUUCUGAGCCUUCCGUCACUCUGCAAACUAUUGCCUGCGGAUACCGCGCUAUUGCAAUACUGCUACAGUAGGGAGAAUAUGGUGGUGUGGAAAAUCACAGCAUCUGGAAUGAGAGAAGUCUUUGCGGUUGACGUCCCAGAGUCUUGUUUGGAGAGUCAUAUUCUGCAGUAUCACAAAGCUUGUGCGACUGGGUCGUCGGGAACACGGGAUCAUGAGUCCUGGCUGGCCACUAAACUGCUUCCCUUCAAGUCCUUGGACGAGUCCAGGCUCAUCAUCGUUCCAUACCGCUGCCUGCAUCAACUACCUUUCCACACCCUACCCUACCAAGGCCAGCUAUUGAUGAGCAACAAAACUAUAUCGUACCUCCCCAGUGCCAGUGUCUUCGGGUAUUUUCAAUCCGAUCCGGCUCCGGAAACAGACUUCUCCAUCUUAGCAGUCGGCAACCCUUCGAAUAUGAGCAGCAGAAACUCGUUGACCUUGGAGGAGCGCCCUCUGCCCUCGCUGCCCAGCGCCCGCGUCGAGGUUGAGGCCAUUGGACAGCUGGUCGAGGGCACCAGGGCCUUGACUGGUCCAAAUGCGACGAAAAAGGCAGUCUCUUCGCUUCUUGGCAAUUAUAGAGUGCUCCAUUUCGCGACCCACGGGAGUCUCUCUACCGAAGUGCCUAUGCUGUCAGCAAUUCACCUUGCGGAGGGCGAAAAUAUUACUGUCGAGGACUUGAUGUGGCGACACUUGCGCGCUGACCUGGUCGUCCUUAGUGCUUGCAAAACAGGCCGUGGUGAACUCACAAGCGGCGAUGAUAUGAUCGGCUUCGCCCGCGCCCUAUUGGCUGCUGGAGUUAAGAAUGUGUUGGUGAGUCUUUGGAGCGUCGAUGAUGCUGUAACAAGCUUCUUCAUGAUAAAAUUCUACGAGCAUUUGAAGAAGGAAUGGUUGCCUGCUAGAGCACUUCAAGCGGCGCAGCUCGCAACUCAACACGCCACUCAACACGAAGUGCAAAGGUUCCUCCGGCGGGUUCGUGACAUCGAACCUGAGCUUGAACUAGGAGAGGCUGCUCAUGCGGAUAACUAUAGUCAUCCAAUGUACUGGGCACCAUUCAUCGUUAUCGGUAGCUGCCAUAAAGGCAUAGUUGGAAGCCUGGACGCGGCUUGCCAGGAUGAUGCAGAGGGAGCAGUUUGA